AUCUUUGACUUCAAUUGACUCUCAACUCUCUUAUUACAGUUACUGUUCGGAAUUUAUGUACUAGGUAGAUUCAAUACCGCUUCACACUCACUAUAUUCGCCAUCGCUCUGUCUAAAAGAAAACGACCCGCUGCUCAUCACUCCCUCUCUUCCCGGUAGCUUUACUUGCUGUUGAAACCGCAGACAUCACUAUAAUCAAUUUCUCCGGAAAGAACAACAACACAAUGGUUAGAAAUAAGCCGUCAAGCGCCUCUCUUCACAAAGCUGCCAUGGAGAAACAGACUGCUUCUGACGAGAAGGUUACCCAGGAGCUGUUGAUGAGUGAAUUCGCCAAAAUGAAAUUGGCCGUUUCUAAACCUACUGACCCGAAUAACGGGGAGUCUUUCACAACCCGUGAAAGUCUACCAAUUCGUUCCCUUGGGGGCGAUUCAUGGGGCCCUCCAGGUUCCAUCGAAUCAGAAGAGCGCUUAGAACAGGAGAAGAUCGAGACACUCUUCGAGAAGAUGAGAAAAUCUUACCAAUUUCCAUCCGCCCAGACGGAAAUCAAUGCUACGAGUGGCGCACAAACUUUGUUCGAGGCAUUUCACUCACCUAAUGAUUCUCUUAUUCCUCGCAAUCUAGAUACCAAAACGCCCAGUGCUGCAAAGCAUGCAACCAUUCUCAAAGAUCCCGAAGAAUACGCAGAACCGUUCAUUAACUUCAUGACGGAGAAUCCAACAGUUUGGCAUGCUAUUCAAUAUUGGGAGAACAAGUUGGAGGACGCUGGGUUUACCAGGCUCUCUCCGCGUGAUUCAUGGAACGGCAAGCUUGAGCCCAACGGAAAAUACUACGUGAACCGCAAUGGAACAUCCUUGAUUGCAUUUUCCGUGGGUGGCGCAUACAAAUCUGGAAAUGGAAUAGCAAUGGUUGCCGCACACUCUGAUUCUCUCACAGCUCGUCUAAAGCCCAUCAGCACCAAACACAAUAAGGCUGGAUUCGUACAGCUUGGCGUUGCUCCUUAUGCUGGUGCAUUAAAUGAAACAUGGUGGGAUAGAGAUCUUGGUAUUGGUGGUAGAGUUUUGGUCAAGGAUGAGAAAACCGGAUACGUUUCUCAAAAAUUGGUAAAAUUGGGUUGGCCAAUUGCACGCAUUCCAACUCUAGCUCCCCAUUUUGGUGUUGGAAUGUUUGGUCAGAAUAACAAGGAAACACAACUCGUACCAAUCAUUGGUCUCGACAAUUCCGAUAUUGAAUCUUCGGCUUCAUCCUCAUCAUCCGAGCAAUUCCAAACAUCAAACAUAUCCGGUGCAAAAUCUUCAUUUGUCUCCACCCAACCACCAAAACUUGUCAACCUUAUUGCCAAAGAAUUGGGCAUUGAAAAUAAAGAAACCAUCAUCAAUUGGGAACUCGAACUCUUCGAUACCCAGCCAUCUCAACUUGGUGGGCUCGACAAGGAAUUUAUUUUCUCAGGACGUAUUGAUGAUAAGGUUUGUUCUUGGUCUUCCAUCGAGGCAUUGCUCUCCAACUCUUCCUCUGAAGAUUCCAAAUCAUCUGGUAUCAUAUCCAUGGUUGCUCUUUUCGAUGACGAAGAGAUUGGCUCGCUAUUGCGUCAGGGUGCAAGGGGUAAUUUCCUCCCCGGAACAAUCGAACGUAUCGUGGAGUGCUUCAAUCAUUCCACAUACAGCCCCAAUAUUCUGAUGGAAACAUAUGCCAAGUCCUUCCUCGUCUCCUUUGAUGUUACACAUGCUACAAAUCCUAAUUUCUUGGAAAAAUACCUCGAGAAUCAUUGUCCUAGACUCAAUGUAGGAUUGACAGUUGAAGCAGAUAGCAAUGGACAUACCACUACGGAUUCUGUCUCAACCACUAUUUUCCAGAGAUUGGCGGAGAAAUGCGGACAAAAGCUGCAAACUUUCAUGAUUAGAAAUGAUUCUAGAUCGGGAGGUACAGUAGGACCGAUGUUGAGUUCUGCAAUGGGCGUUAGAGCUAUUGAUGUCGGAAUCCCCCAACUUGGUAUGCAUAGUAUCAGAGCUACUACAGGAUCUAAGGAUCCCGGAUUGGGUACUAAGAUGAUUGAAGGAGUUUUCGCAGGGUGGGAAAGUGUUGACGAGGAGAUUGCCGGAGGUAAAGGGUGGUAGACAGGUUUGCUUGGUGAACUGAUUAUUUAAGAAGGCUACUCGGGUAUGACAUAGUAUGGAAUGGUGCAAGAUUGGGGAUCGGUACUACAUAAGGAUGCGUCAUGAUACAAGCUGUGCACAUAUUAAGGAGCACUGUCGAGGGGAUGAGUGAGUGGGGGGGUUUCAUAUCAUCUCAUGUCACAUAUAUAAUACAUAGAUAGAUCAUAGCAUGCGCUUUUCAGCUCAUUAGCAUAUUAUAACGGUUUGACUAUGGCUUUA